ACCAAUCCUGCACCCAAUUACCCAGAAAUCGGAGAGCACACUGCACACAGCUUCCUGAAAUGGCUGUCAGCAGCUGUAGCUUCUUGGCCAUUGCCAUGGCCCUCGCUCUCCUUAGCGGCCACAUGGCCCACGCCGGCCGCCUCCUGGCGGACACCACGGAGGCAGCAGCGCCCACUGCAACGCCUGCCGCUGUCUCGGGCAUCCCCGCACCGAAGCCGCCCGUGCCCACCAUGCCUACAAUGCCACCAGUGCCAACCGUACCCGCGCUCGCCACACCGCAGGUCACAGUGCCGCCGAUGCCGGCCGUGCCCGCGCUCACUGUCCCGCAGCUCACGGCGCCCCCCAUGCCGGCCGUGCCCGCGAUCACCGUGCCCCAGGUCACGUUGCCGCCCAUGCCGGCCGUCCCUGCGCUCACCGUGCCCAAGGUCACGUUGCCGCCCAUGCCGGCCGUCCCCGCGGUCACUGUGCCCAAGGUCACGUUGCCGCCCAUGCCCGCAGUUGUUGUGCCGAAGGUGACGAUGCCGCCAAUGCCUGCAAUUCCAUCCAUCUCCAUCCCCAAGGUGGCAUUGCCUCCGAUGCCUUCCAUUCCCACUGUGAACGUGCCGAUGCCAUUCCUUGCGCCACCUCCUUCAGCAUAGGCACGAACCAGAGCACCGGGAGCGGGAAUCUACGAUGCUGGUUCAAUGAUUUUGGGAAUGUUUACUUGAUCAUUUGAUUUUGGCCAUUUACCGUUGGCCAGCUUGUUUACAUUGUGCGAUUCCUAUUUUGUUUUUGUGUUUGUGUAGUAUGUAGUACUAUUGGGCUUGUCAAUGGCCAUCUCUUUUUCUUUCUCUUUGUACUGAGUUUUUACAAUGAACAUGUAUGUCAUUUUUAUCACAUUUA